AGACUGAGCAAGGAGGAAGGCAGACUAUAAGAAUACUGGCUCAACGCAAACUGGGUCAGAGAAAAAGUUUUUUCUUUCAAGACAUUGUGUGGAGUCCUGAAUGUGAGCACCGAACAGCAAGCAGCAACAGCGAAAACCGCAGCAACCAUGAAGUUUCAAGUUUUUGCCAUCCUUCUGCUUUUCACCUGCAUGUACCUGAGUGUGGCGCAAGGCUCCUAUGACAACUGCUGCCUUGGCUAUGUUAAAGAGAUUGGAAAACGUGCAAAGAAGAACAUCGAGAGCUACAGGAUACAGGAAACAGAUGGCGAUUGCAACAUCAGAGCGAUUGUGUUUACGAUGAAAAGGAAGAGAACCCUUUGUGCCAAUCCUAUGGAGCCCUGGGUGAGGCAGCAAAUCAGCGUUGUGGAUAGAAAAAACCUGAAAAGGAGUUCUUAAAGGAGAAAUACCAGACAGGAGAGAGAAGAGGGGUCACUUCACCUCCCUGUCAGGCAUCGUUUGUCAACUUCGAUCACAUGGAUUGUGUUUCACCUAUCUUUAUAUUUCCUGUUGCUGAGAGUGAAUGUAAAACAUGUAAGCAGUCCUUUAUACCACAAUCAUAGUUUAUCAUAAAAGUUAUAGCCAGUAUCAACAAUUUCAUUUAUACGAGCCAUUACUAUGAUAUUGUCCACUUCUCUAUGAUGUGUAGAACCUGCUAAGAAUGAGCCACUCUUUGGCAGCUUUAAAAUGUGAGUAAAUCUGUGUAAAAAAAAAAAAGAAACACCUUUGUGAUAAGCUGAUUUUUCUUUUUAUAUAUAUAUAUAUAUGCAUAUAUAUACAGCAAACUAUUUUUGUAUCCACACUAAAUGUACAUUGUUUUUCCUGCAAUAAAAAAAUGGAUUAAAAGCAAAAACUGUGUGUUCCUAAAAAACAAACGACACGCAUCAAGAUGUUCUAAAUCAGUUCGACCCUGACCUGCUUUCAAGCCAGUAGUUGAUGGAAGUGAAAGAAAGAAGGAAAGCCCAGCUUUUCCCCGCAGGGAUCUCUUGUUUGUGUUGUUUGGCAUCAGCAUUAAAUGACUGCAUGAUCUCUCA